CUCAUGCAUGCGCGUUGUAUACCGGCAACUUACACGCAGUUAGAUAAUAGACAGUGCUUCGUAAAAAACUGUGUCAAUACUGUGCUGUGAUUAGAGGAAUACACAAUUGUUUGGAGCUGAGAAUGCUGCGAGUCACCGUUCUAUAGAUCCGUCCACCCCACGAUGGCGCUCGGCACGGCUGCGGGCCUGGCCGCCAAGUCUGCCUUGGCUAUUGGCGGGCUCGGCAAACUGUCGUUCAUACCGGCGCUGCUGGCCGCCAUGGCCUACUUCAACUACGACCUGCUGGACCCCGAGAGCAGGCCCUUCAACCAGAAGUACUUGCGGCAGGAGUAUGACUUUGUGAUCGUUGGCGGAGGAUCGGCAGGGUCAGUGCUGGCGAACCGGCUCUCAGAGGUGGAGGGGUGGAACGUGCUGCUGCUGGAGGCCGGCGGGCACGAGACCGACAUCAGCGACGUGCCGCUGCUGUCGCUCUACCUGCACAAGAGCAAGCUGGACUGGAAGUACCGAACCCAACCACAAGACACGGCGUGCCAGGCGAUGGUGGACAAGCGCUGCUGCUGGACCAAGGGCAAGGUGCUCGGCGGGUCCUCAGUCCUCAACACCAUGCUCUACAUCCGAGGGAACCGGAGAGACUUCGACCAGUGGGAGUCCUUCGGCAACCCAGGGUGGGGGUACGAAGACGUCUUACCGUAUUUUAAGAAGUCGGAAGACCAGAGGAACCCGUAUUUGGCUAGGGAUACUAGACAUCAUGCUACGGGUGGGUACUUGACUGUGCAAGACUCUCCGUACAACACUCCGCUCGGAGCGGCGUUCCUGCAGGCUGGAGAGGAGAUGGGCUACGACAUCCUCGACGUGAACGGACAGAAGCAGACGGGCUACGGCUGGUACCAGUUCACCAUGCGGCGAGGCACUCGGAGCUCAACAGCCAAAGCCUUCCUACGGCCAGUCAGACUACGACAGAAUCUGCACAUAGCUCUGUUCUCUCAUGUGACAAAGGUCUUGAUAGAUAAGGAAUCCAAGAGAGCGUUCGGAAUUGAAUACUUCAGGGAUGGGGAGAAGCGUGUGGUGUACGCAAAGAGAGAGGUCAUCCUGUCCGCAGGAGCGGUGGCGUCGCCGCAACUCUUGAUGUUGUCGGGCGUGGGUCCUCGACAGCACCUGCAAGAGGUCGGCAUCGACGUCGUACAGGACUCGCCCGGAGUCGGCCAGAACUUGCAGGACCACAUCGCUGUGGGUGGCCUCGUCUUCCAAAUAGAUUAUCCCGUCAGUUUAGUGAUGAACCGAUUGGUGAAUAUAAAUACGGCUUUGCGUUACGCCAUUACGGAGGACGGCCCGUUGACGUCUAGUGUCGGCUUGGAAGUGGUCUCUUUCAUCAAUACUAAGUACGCGAACUCUUCUGACGACUGGCCCGACAUCGAGUUCAUGUUGACAUCAGCGUCGACUCCCUCAGACGGAGGCACCCAGGUCAAGAGGGCUCACGGUUUGACAGAUGAGUUCUACAACGAAGUCUUCGGAUCCAUCAACAACAAAGACGUGUUCGGAGUGUUCCCGAUGAUGUUGCGUCCGAAGAGUCGAGGAUUCAUAAAGCUACGGUCUAAGAACCCGUUGGACUACCCGCUGAUGUACCACAACUACCUGACGCACCCGGACGACGUGGGGGUGCUGCGCGAGGGGGUGAAGGCGGCGGUGGCGGUGGGGGAGACUCAGGCCAUGAAGCGCUUCGGCGCCCGGUUCCACAGCAAGCCCGUGCCCAACUGCAAGCACCUGCCGCUCUACACCGACGAGUACUGGGACUGCCUCAUACGGCAGUACACCAUGACUAUCUACCACUUGUCUUGCACGGCCAAGAUGGGGCCGUCCAGUGACCCGAUGGCUGUUGUGGAUCCCCGACUAAGAGUGUAUGGGGUCAAAGGUCUAAGAGUCAUUGAUGCCAGCAUCAUGCCAGCCAUUACUAAUGGUAACAUUAACGCGCCUGUGAUAAUGAUAGCCGAAAAGGGCGCUGAUCUUAUAAAAGAGGAAUGGCUUCCGAAGCGCGGUAAAAGAUCUUUGAAGUGUUCUAGAUUAGAACAAUUAGGUCUUAGAAUAAAAGACAGCAGGAUUUGCAGAAUCCAAAGAUGACGUAGGCUUUGUUAUCGUUAGUGAAUAUAAAUGCAGUGACCAUAUUGUACAGUUAGUGAUGCUAGAUCAAAGACUAGCUUUAAGUUUGGUGAUAUGAGAGAGCUUGGGUUAGGGUAUGUGUUAUGGAAUUUAAUAGUGAAAUAGUUCAGUAGAAAAUCUAGUCUAGUGCUUUCAGCGGUACAAAAAAGAUGAAUGAAGUUCUGCUCAAAUUAAAAUAAUAAUACGUAGUGUAUUCAUUUCACUUAUGGGGUUAACAGAAAAGCACUCAGCUGUAAGUCGUACUAAUUUAAUUGAAGAGAAUGUUCCGUCUACCAAUGUGUAGGUAUUAUAUAAACAAUAAAAUAAAGAGUUCACUUCGAAAAACCUAGUCUAAACAAACAGUAAUUUUCUCAAUGAUAUUUUUAUAUUAAAGGUUUUUCGUCCUAAAAUAUUGAUGUACU